ACCUGUAAGGAAUGCACAGCAACAUUUCAGUUAUUUUGUGUUUAUUUGGAUUCACAGAAAACACAGACAGCUUUUCAAGGCUAUUUAAGUAGGCCGUCAUUUACGUAAUAUAGCUAGGCAAGAACAUAAAAUCUAAGGAUUUUCCCCAGGAGCCUUUGGAUUUAUAGGCAUGACUUUUGUAAACAUCCUCGGGAAUUAAAGUUAAAAUGUCUGGAGAAUUUGCUGACACUAAUUACGAAGGCUCAGCAGGGAUAGUCUAUGCUGCAAGUGUCAACUUAAGCUGCAUUUUCAACACGACCAACAGCUCAUACUGCGACUACUUCCACCUGUCAGAAUUGGAAAGAACAUAUUUUGUGGGAGAUGGUGCCGCUGUAGUGAGGAUUAUCAUCUCUGUCAUCUACUCGCUGGUUUGCGCGCUGGGUCUGGUUGGGAAUUUACUAGUCCUGUACCUAAUGAAGUCGAAACAUGUGUGGAAAAAAUCUUCCAUCAACCUUUUCGUAACUAGUUUGGCUGUGACUGACUUCCAGUUCGUCCUGACUCUGCCGUUCUGGGCAGUGGAAAACGCGCUGGACUUUACGUGGCCUUUCGGUAAAGCAAUGUGCAAGAUAGUUUCCUAUGUGACAGCUAUGAACAUGUAUGCGAGCGUGUUUUUCCUGACUGCCAUGAGCGUGGCCAGGUACUGGUCGCUCGCCUCUGCGCUCAAGGGCAGGCGGCGGCGGCCACACUGCUGCUCCGCGCGCUCCAUCACCGUCUUCAUCUGGUUCGCCGCUGUCUCCGCAGCUCUGCCGCACGCAGUUUUCUCCACAACCGUCAUGGUUUCCAAUGAGGACCUGUGCCUUGUCAAAUUCCCGGAAACCAACGGAACUGCGCAGUUCUGGCUGGGACUUUAUCAUUCUCAGAAAGUGCUGCUGGGUUUCGUGGUGCCGCUGGGCGUCAUCUCAGCCUGCUACCUGCUCCUUUUGCGCUUCAUCACCUCCAAAAACAUCAACACAUCGAGCGCCAAACGACGCGCCAAAGUCACCAAGUCUGUCACCAUCGUGGUGUUAUCCUUUUUCCUCUGCUGGCUGCCCAACCAGGCGCUGACAGCCUGGGGCAUUCUCAUCAAACUGAACGUGGUUCAUUUCAGUUAUGAGUACUACACCACGCAGGUGUACGUCUUCCCCGUGUCCGUGUGCCUGGCGCACUCCAAUAGCUGCCUGAACCCCAUCCUGUACUGCCUGAUGAGGAGAGAGUUCAGGAAAGCGCUGAAAAAACUCUUCUGGCGGAUGACUUCGCCGACAAUAAGGCCGAUCACAGCCACCACAAAGCAGGAGAUGAACGAGCAAGGGCACGUCUUGGUCCCCGUCAGUGCGCCCGAGGAGCCCGCUGUGGUGUUUUAUCCUCCGGGGGUUGUUAUGUACAAUGACAGAGAGCUGCCCCAAAACAGCAAUUAGACUAAAGUGCCACAAGGACAGGGUUAUUAAAUCAAUUUUGAUUGUAAUUUGCAUCUAUGUUAAUUAGGCUACUCCAUUUCUCGCCUUGCAGCUGUCAGGAAAGUUGGAUCUGCAUGAUUCAAAAGGAGAGAAAAGUGAGAAAACUUCGGCCAAUUAUGAUAAAAGAGUAAAGGACAUUUCUCUUGUGCACAAAGAAAGAAGAGAUAGGCUUACCUUAUUUUGAAUGUUUCUGAAUUAUUCUAUCCAGAAAUGUAAAAAAUAUAUAUAUUUGAAUGUGUAAGUAAAGUGUAUCUAUAUGUGAGACA